AUUUAAUCUCAGCCGUCGCAUGUAGCUCCUUCAGCUGUCUCUCUUGCUCUGCUGUCCUGUGGUUGUCGCCUCCUGGCCGCUGCUUCUCUCCUCCUUCUUCCGGGCUGCCUCUUGGCCUGUUUAAAUUACGUCCUUGGUGUAUCUGCGCUUGUCAGUUAGACCUGUGCUCGAAUCGCAAACUCGGCUUGAAUACCGCUUCUCGCAUCCCACAGAUACCCCGCCAGACCUCAAGAUGAGUUUCGCUGGCAUGCUAAACCGCCUCCAUGGCCAACCCGAAAGCUAUGAGAAAAAAUCAAAGUACAAGUUCGGACGCACUCUUGGUGCUGGCACUUAUGGUGUCGUUCGCGAGGCAGAGGGCCCUACCGGCAAGGUGGCCGUCAAGAUCAUCUUGAAAAAGAACGUCAAAGGCAAUGAGCAGAUGGUCUAUGAUGAGCUUUCUAUGCUGCAGCGACUAAAGCAUCCUCACAUCGUCAAGUUUGUCGAUUGGUUCGAGUCCAGAGACAAGUUCUACAUUGUUACUCAGUUGGCCACAGGAGGAGAGCUCUUUGAUCGUAUCUGCGACAGGGGCAAGUUCACUGAGAAAGACGCAUCUCAAACAAUCAAGCAAGUUCUCAACGCUGUUGACUACCUGCAUAAGAAUGAUGUCGUUCACAGAGAUCUUAAGCCCGAGAACCUCAUCUAUGUGACUCCUGACGAUGACUCUGACCUUGUGUUGGCGGAUUUUGGUAUUGCCAAGACUCUGGACAGCAAGGACGAGACACUCAAGACCAUGGCUGGCUCUUUUGGCUACGCAGCUCCCGAAGUCAUGGCCAAGCAAGGGCACGGAAAACCAGUCGACAUGUGGUCUAUGGGUGUCAUUACCUACACCCUGCUCUGUGGCUACUCUCCUUUCCGAAGUGAAAACCUGCAGGAUCUUCUUGAAGAGUGCACCAGAGGAAAUGUCAUCUUCCAUGAGAGAUACUGGAAGGAUGUCAGCUCCGACGCCAAGGACUUCAUCAACUGUCUCCUUGUCCCAGAACCCAACAAGAGAUGGACUAGCGAGCAAGCUUUGGGUCAUAUCUGGCUGAGUGGCCAGACCGCCACCGACCACAACUUGUUGCCAGAAAUCGAGGCCUUCCGAAGACGCUCUCGCCUCCGUCGUGCCAUCGAAAUCGUCAAGCUCCAAAACCGAAUCAACAAGCUCCGAGAGCACGAAGAAGACCCCGAGAACUCAGAGAUGGGAGACGCAUCGGCUGGCGAUGAUAAGAAGGAUGGCGCGCGACUGCAUGCCCUCGGUCUCUUUGCUCUCAAGGAUGUUAAGCAGAAGCAGGAGACAUUGCAGAUGGAGGAGGAAAUGGGAAAGGAAGCGAAGAGACGUAGCUUUACCGAGAAUUAAAGGUCUCGAAAGAGGAGGAUUGCUUUCAGCAACUUUUUUAUUGCAUAUACCUUGGGUCUUUUUUUUACCAAUUUUGGUUAUCCAAAUAUGAUUUCCUGCAAUUUUUUUUUUUGGUUUCUUCUCUCGCACCAGCAACCAAUUAUCGUUACUUGAUACUGCUAUGUAUCUCCUCGCAGGGAUAAUGAUGCCUUUUACAACACAGAAAUAUCAAUCAUCAUAGUUGCAAAUCAUGUUAAGGCAAUGGAGAUUCUUUUCUUCUUCUUACACUUCAGGUAGAGCCUAUCUCUUUAAGU